GUUAAGUUGCGACUACGAGCCACUACGGCGCGUGCCUUCUUAUUCCGUGCAGAUGAACUUGCGCCAAACCUCAGAUCCUUCACCCCACACACUCAGUCGGUACUGUACCAAGCAGAUCAUCGUUGGUCGGCCCGUAGCUGAUCACGGCGCUAAGACUGCUGUUAUUGGCAGCCAACACAUGACGCCCGCCAAGUAGGGCCUCAUUGAACCAGCGUAACCUUACAAUUAUAGCUAAAUCAGCAUCAAGCCCCCGACUUUUGACACUUCGUGACAGCCAAGUCAUCUUAGCCGCCAAAUGGACAUGUUACGAUUACCGUCAUUUGCUCGUCUCGCCAUCAUCUCAUUGCUACUAGCCCCAACCCACGCGCAGAAUGCCACUACGCCUCCUGAUUACGACUCGUGUCGCAUUUUCGACCCCAAGGCGCCAGUGAACGGCACAGGAAGCCUCAACAUCCAUUGGAGCGCACUUAUGAUGGACCCAACACAGAACGACUGGACUUUCUCGCUUACCUACAACGAAACCCGGAAUUCGAGUGGCACAAUCCAUCAAUGGGAAAGCUAUAUCAGCGCGCCCGAGGGAAAUGAAGCAACGGCAUGUACUUUCAUGUUCGCAGCACUCAACAAAACUUCAUCAUCAACCAAACGCUAUGGAUGUGAUGGCGUCAUAGACGAUGCCUGCACCAACGUUCUACGCGAGAUUGUUUACCUAGGAGGCGAUUGCAGUUGGCCUGCACCAAUCGAUGAGUAUGCCGAUAGGGUACGACAAGCAUGUGGCACCGAUAUCCUGAGCACAGGCAUGCGCACCAACUUGCCCGUGGAGUUCUCGAACAACACAACUAGCUGCAGUCAAUCAAACCCUCCAGGAUCCAGCUCGCCGCAGAACUACCGGACUUACCUGUCGGCCAGUCAAUCUUUGGACGGUACCAAUUGGAACACCGACAAGAACACAUCGGAUUUCCUGUGGUACGACAUUCACGCAAAGCAGACUGUUCCAUUUGUCGUCGCCGCAGAAUUCUUAGGGGGUGUCGCUGAGACCAAGGUUGUAUGCGUAGCCCCGAACCGAAUUGCCGAAGGGGGCCGAACACCUGUAGAGAGGUCUGCAGCAAGUGUAUCGCGGCAAUCGACGUUUUGGUCAGCUGUAAUCGUCACAUCGCUUGCCAGUACACUAAUGGUAUUGGCUUGAAAAUUAGAAUUGAGGUAUUGACUGAGGAGACUAAAUAGUGUACACUGAACAAAAAUGGACUUCUCAG